GCGCGUCACCCGUCGAUAGUCGUGUGCCCGUCCUCCGCUUGCCUGCAGACGGUGAUCUCUGGUCCUUCGCACUCGCCACCAUCUCGCGCCAUGUCCUUCGGUCGGCCUCCAUCGCUCUCAGGCGGCUUCUCGGUGUCUCCACCCGACCGAGGGUCGUUCCCUCUAGACCACUAUGGGGAGUGCAAGCAGUAUAUGCAGGGGUACCUCGACUGCUUGCGCAAGAACACUAACAACUCCACCCCCUGCCGACAUCUGAACAAGGAGUAUCUGGAGUGCCGCAUGGCCCGCGGGCUUAUGGAUCGAGAUGAGUGGAAGAACCUGGGUCUCGGUAAUGUCGGUGCAUCAGACAGCAAUACUGUGGCGAAAGACAACCCGAAAGACAGGCCGAAUGCCGUCUGACACCUCUCUUCACCGUUCUAUCAUACAUGUUGCUUGGCCGGCUGUCUGCAUACACCACUCUCUUUGUAAUACCACCCGUCACCCCAUUCUAU